CAGCGUUUCCUGGUAAUAUUUUCCCCCAAAUUUUAGGGUUUUUCAUCAAUGGCGACUCAAAUCUGUUCAACAAAUUCGUCAAUCAAAUCACAUAAUACUCCCCCCAUCCGUCAGAAUCCUGUAAAACUUCAUCCCACAAUUGGAUUCUCAACGCCAAUUUCGCGUUUGUCCAAUCAUCGUGUAAUUAGAACACACUCGAUUCAAUGCUCCUCGGUAGAAGAAACUAAAGCGGUCAAUUUAAGAACUUGCAAGCAAUGUAAAACACAGUUCGAUCCUUCACUCAAUCAUCCACAAGCUUGUCGUUUCCACACUGCACAUUUUGGCGGAGAAACCAAGAGAAAAUUCGAGAGUGUUUAUAGUGGAGGCACCAUGAACACACCUGAAUCUGGUAAAGUGUUUCAAUAUUGGCAUUGUUGUGGAUCUGAAGAUCCAUUUGACCCUGGAUGUACAGCUUCUCCUCAUUCUUCCUAUGAUGACUGAUAUAUAUCUGCACAGUUUCUUCGUCUUUUAAGGUUUUUUAAGGUUUUUCAUUGUACUAUGAAAUUGUUUUACAUAUGAAUCAAAUACUAAUCUUCCUUAUUCUUGAGGUUGUUAAA